AUGAGCACAUUUGAGGGCGUUCUUAGUGGUGGUGGAGCUUCCCGCUUCGGGUCCACCCGACUCGUGCGCGCGAUAGCAAAUCAGUUCCACUGCUUUGACUCCACUGGACCAUGCGAGUUCGACUCACUCUCGCGUGGUCUCGUUGAUUUCAUGGGAUAUCGCGGGUAUUUUGCACUGCGCAUUCGAAGCCAAAGGAAUGAGCUGUUAGGUGGUUGA